AUGCAACGCAUCGAACCUAAUUUGGGUCUUCGGCCCGGCAUGACCUGGGACGAUGUGCGGGCAGACCUACAACGCACGGCCAAGGCGUUCACAUACGGUAAGGAGGCAUGGGAGCGCUACUGGGCCCGGCGCACGACCGACGGCGAAUUGGUAUGGGGUCCUGAUCCGGACCUCACGUGCUUGGGCCAGGCCCAAGCGCGCGACGUCCACAAAGCCUGGCGGACCGCUCUAAGGCAGCCGGAUGCGCAGGGACGAGCGCCCGAGCGGGUGCCGGAUCCUGCCAUGAUCCCGCCGCUACCGCAGGUGCUGUGCUCGAGCCCGCUGCGGCGCAGUCUCCACACGCUGUUCCUUACAUGGCGCGGGCUCUUACCCCAGCGUCCGCCCCAGCCCGUGCAUGUGCGCGAGCAUCUGCGGGAAGUGAUCGGCAAGAACACUUGCGAUCAGCGAAGCACCAAGUCAGAGAUUCUAGAGUGUCCGAACCGCGAGACUGACGAUGCUAUGCGGACGCGGAUCCACCAUGCUCUCGAAGAUAUCUGGCAACAUGAGGCGAAGGAAGCCACGGGUACGCAUAUCACUACGGCUUACCCAAGUAUUCAGCCUUACGUGUCAUGGGGGUGUCAUGCACCGGAUCUUUGA